AUGUCGUUAAUUUCAGGAGCUGUUACAUUAUUACACACUGCAUGUGGUGCAGGUAUUCUAGCGAUUCCUUUUGCCUUCAAACCAUUUGGCCUAUUUCCAGGUUUAAUGGUAUUAGUUGUUUGUGGUAUUGCUGCUAUAUUUGGUCUUUUACUACAAGCAAAAAUCAUAAAAUAUACACCAACAAAUGAAAAACAUUCAUUCUUUAUACUAGCAACUAAAUUGCAUCCAACUUUAGCAAUAUUAUUUGAUCUAGCUAUUGCUGUGAAAUGUUUUGGUGUAUCUACAUCUUAUCUAAUAGCCAUUGGUGACUUCCUAGCAGUGUUACUAGAUAAUGAAUAUAGAAUGAAUACCAUCACAUUUGUUUGGCUAUUCAUUAUUUUACCCUUAAGUUACCUCAGAAAAAUAAAUGCACUACGUUACACAUCAUUAUUAGCUGUAACGUCAGUAUUUUAUUUAUGCAUUUUAGUGACUUACCAUUAUUGUAAACCAUCAGAGGAAAUUUCAGAAUUAAGAGGAACCGUUUCAUUAUUCCUACCAAAAAGUUCUGGAAUUUCUCCAUUUAAAACAUUGCCAAUAUUUGUAUUUGCCUAUACAUGCCAUCAUAAUAUGUUUGCUGUUAUUAAUGAACAAAAACAUACCGAUUUUAAAAGAUUGAAAUUCAUUCCUCUAAUUGCAAUUUCAAUUGCAUGUAUUUUAUACUUAAUUGUGGGUUGCUUAGGAUAUGCUACAUUUGGAGCUAAUAUUACAAGUAAUAUUGUUGCGAAGUAUCCAACCAACUCUGUGUUGACUGUUUUAGGUCAAACAGCAAUGUUGACGGUCGUUACAUUGGCAUACCCUUUACAAUGUCAACCAGCCAGGGCAUCUAUUUUGAACAUUUUAUAUGCCUUAUUUCCAAAAUUGAAAAAUAAUAAAUCUGAUGUGGAAGAAGCUUCAAUGAAUGAUGGAUAUCAAGUUGAUCUCGAGGAAAAUAAACAACAGUCAGAACCAGAAAGAAUUAUAAGUGAGCCAAGUAUUAUUUUACACUCAAUAGUAACCAGUUUAAUUUUAUUUGGAUCCUGGUGUAUUGCAGUCUCAGUAAACUCUUUGGCUCAAGUGCUGGCGAUUGUUGGCGCUACGGGCUCAACUUUUAUAUCAUUCAUAUUACCAGGUUUAUUUGCUGUGGUACUAAUCCCAAAAGAUAACGACUUUGGGAAAGGUAAAACACUUUGGAUAUGGAUUGGUGGAAUAUUAAUGGGUUGGGGUAUAUCUGUUAUGUGCGUUUCUUUAUAUGCAGCCAUAUUUCUAUAA